GCAGUCGUCUCCCUAGGCCUCCCCACUCAGUGUCCGGCUUUCAAGCGCUUAAGAUGCGCUGGAAGCUUGUUAGGGAGCGACGCUUUGUUUACUCUUCAAACUCGCCGUUUUGGGACCGGAGGGAGAAGCUUUUCUCGUCGCCGGGAGUCGUCGUCGAUUUGUGGCUGAUGUAGUUCAUUGUGACACUUGUCUCCUCCCUCUACCUCCGGCCCCCCCGCCCCAGUGCCUCACCGCAUGACCUUCGACCUCCAAACAUUCACGCCGAGCUACGGAGCAGGGCGGGAAACGGCCCCGUCCCCAUCUGGGAUUUCUGUCUCCGGACUCCCACCGCACGCGUCACCUCCUGACUGGGGAGCAGCCGACCAGCCAGGAGCCCAGCGCCUCCCCUCGGACCGGUGGAGGGUGUCGGAGCCCUCCGCCCGCCCUCUCCUUCACCCCCAUCUUCGAGAUUUUUCUUCCCAGUCGGAUUGAGCCCGGUUCUGCCGGCCGCGAGACCUGUCAAAACUGGGGCGCGAUUCGUGUGAUGCGACAAUGUCGGAUCUGGGCGAGCGCAGGCCGGUCAACAUGGACUACGCUGUCUCCCUGCUGGAGCAGCUCAAGUUCUUCUACGAGCAGAAGCUAUUGACUGACGUGGUCCUGCUGGUGGAGGACACAGAGUUCCCCUGUCACAAGAUGGUCCUGGCCACCUGUAGCUCCUACUUCAGGGCGAUGUUCAUGAGCGGGCUGAGCGAGAGCAAGCAGACGCACGUGCGCCUAAGGAACGUGGACGCCCCCACGCUGCAGAUCAUCAUCACCUACGCCUACACGGGCCACCUGGCCAUCAGCGACAGCACGGUGGAGCUGCUCUACGAGACCGCCUGCUUCCUACAGGUGGAGGACGUCUUGCUGCAGUGCCGAGACUACCUGGUGAAGAAGAUCAACCCGGAGAACUGCGUGCGCAUGCUGAGCAUCGGCGACCUGUUCAGCUGCAGCGAGCUGAAGCAGAGCGCCAAGCGCAUGGUGGAGCACAAGUUCCCCACCGUGUACCGGCAGGACGCCUUCCUGCAGCUCUCGCACGAGCUCCUCAUCGACGUCCUGAGCAGCGACAACCUCAACGUGGAGAAGGAGGAGACGGUGCGCGAGGCCGCCAUGCUGUGGCUGGAGUACAACAUGGAGGCGCGCUCGCAGCACCUGUCCUCCGUGCUCAGUCAGAUCCGCAUCGACGCGCUCUCCGAGGUGACGCAGCGCGCCUGGUUCCAGGGCCUGCCCCCCAACGACAAGUCCGUAGUGGUGCAGGGCCUCUACAAGUCCAUGCCCAAGUUCUUCAAGCCCCGCCUGGGAAUGACCAAGGAGGAGAUGCUCAUCUUCAUCGAGGCCUUGUCGAAGCCGCAGGACGCGGCCCGCCUCUUUUCCAUGUCGCCGCCCACCACCGUGGUGUGCUACAGCCCGCAGGCCGAGAAGGUCUACAAACUCUGCAACCCCCCCGGGGACCUGCAGAAGGUGGGGGCCCUGGUCACCCCGGACAACGACGUCUUUAUCGCCGGCGGACAGAUCAUGUCCAUCGCCACCCACGGCAUGGUGGACCUGCGCUCGGUGGACAGCUUCUUCUGGUUCGACGCCCAACAGAACUCCUGGGUGGCCAAGACCCCCAUGCUGUGCGCCCGCCUCAAGCCCUCGCUGGUCUACUGCGACGGCUACAUCUAUGCAAUCGGCGGCGACAACGUCGGCGGCGAGCUGAACAAGCGCACGGUGGAGCGAUACGACUGCGAGAAGGACGAGUGGAGCAUGAUGAGCCCGCUGCCCUUCGCCUGGAACUGGUGCACGUCGGUGGUGGUGCACGACCGCAUCUACGUCAUGACGCACGACAUCAUGUACUGCUACUUCCCGCGCGGCGACGCCUGGGUGGAAAUGGCCAUGCGCAAGACCAGCCGCUGCUUCGCCUCCGCCGCCGCCUUCGGAGACCUCAUCUUCUACAUCGGCGGCCUCCACGUGGUCAGCAACUCGGGCAUCCGCUUGCCCACCAGCACCAUCGACGGCCCCUCCGUCACCGUGGAGGUCUACGACCUCAACAAGAACGAGUGGCGCCCCGCCGCCAACAUCCCCGCCAAGCGCUACGCCGACCCGUGCGUGCGGGCGGUGGUGCUGCUCAACUCGCUGUGCAUCUUCAUGCGCGAGACCCACAUGAACGAGCGCGCCAAGUACGCCGUCUACCAGUACGACGUGGAGCUGGACCGCUGGUGCCUGCGGCAGCACGUGUCCGAGCGCGUGCUCUGGGACCUGGGCAAGGACUUCCGCUGCGCCGUGGGCAAGCUGUACCCCUCCUGCCUGCAGGAGUCGCCCUGGAAACCGCCCACCUACCUCUUCUCCCCCGACGGAGCCGAGGAGUUCCAGAUAGACGGGGAGCUGGUGUCCCUCCCCCACGUAUGGCUCUGAAACACGCCCCCUAGCGGGGAAGGUGAGACUCCACCGGACGGACGAUGUCACAUACCCGCGUCAAAAACAUUCGACCACAUAGUAAUCUUUGCUCAUUUCCUUUUUCCCACCGUUUUUGUCCGCGCUAUGAACAUGACGACGCACGUCACCCUUUUUCUGCACGUCUAAAAGUGCAGCAACUUCUCCAAGCAUCCAUCUAGGCCUGGGCUGCUCACCAAUUAAUCAACUCAUCCGACCAUAAACUAUUAACUUGGUAGUUGCAAUCCAUGAAUAGUCAGCAUUCUUCGUCUCUCCUUUCCAAACCAAACACAGGAGGGUUCACUUUCUGCAUCGCUUUUGUUCAAAAGUAGAAAUAAAUGAGCAGAGUUAACCAUCAUGUCAGCCAUCCGCAAUCGUCGUCCUUCCGGAAUUAAAUGAACAGAGUGUACCCUCUUGUCAGUCAUUCGCAAUCUUUGUCCCUGCGGAAUUAAAUUAAGAGUGAACCUUACUUUAAUGAAACAGAGUGAACCCGCUUGUCAGUCGUACGCAAUCUUUGUUCCUCCGGAUACAAAUUAACAGAGAGAAAGUGCUCGUCAGUCGUUGUUUCUCCGGAAUUAAAUUGACAAAGUGAACCCGCUUGUCAAUCAUACGCAAUCAUUGUCCCUCCGGAAUUAAAUGUACAGAGUGAACCCUCCUGUCAGUCAUCCACAAUCGUCGUCCCUCCAGAGAUAAAUGAACAGUGAACCCGCUUGUCAAUCAUACGCAAUCAUUGUCCCUCCGGAAUUAAAUGUACAGAGUGUACCCUCUUGUCAGUCAUCCGCAAUCGUCGUCCCUCCGGAAUUAAAUGAACAGAGUGAACCCUCCUGUCAGCCAUCCACAAUCGUCGUCCCUCCGGAAUUAAAUGAACAGAGUGUACCCUCUUGUCAGUCAUCCGCAAUCGUCGUCCUUCCGGAAUUAAAUGAACAGAGUGUACCCUCUUGUCAGUCAUCCGCAAUCGUCAUCCCUUUGGAAUUAAAUGAACAGAGUGUACCCUCUUGUCAGUCAUCCGCAAUCUUCGUCCCUCCGGAAUUAAAUGAACAGAGUGUACCCUCUUGUCAGUCAUCCGCAAUCGUCGUCCCUCCGGAAUUAAAUGAACAGAGUGUACCCUCUUGUCAGUCAUCCGCAAUCUUUGUCCCUGCGGAAUUAAAUUAAGAGUGAACCUUACUUUAAUGAAACAGAGUGAACCCGCUUGUCAGUCAUACGCAAUCCGUAUAUAAAUUAACAGAGAGAAACUGCCCGUCGUUGUUUCUCCAGAAUUAAAUUGACAAAGUGAACCCGCUUGUCAAUCAUACGCAAUCAUUGUCCCACCGGAAUUAAAUGUACAGAGUGAACCCUCCUGUCAUCCAUCCACAAUCAUCGUCCCUCCAGAGAUAAAUGAACAGUGAACCCGCUUGUCAGCCAUAUUAAAUGAACAGAGUGUACCCUCUUGUCAGUCAUCCGCAAUCGUCGUCCCUCCGGAAUUAAAUGAACAGAGUGUACCCUCUUGUCAGUCAUCCGCAAUCUUUGUCCCUGCGGAAUUAAAUUAAGAGUGAACCUUACUUUAAUGAAACAGAGUGAACCCGCUUGUCAGUCGUACGCAAUCUUUGUCCCUCCAGAAUUAAAUGAACAGAGCGAACCCUCCUGUCAGUCAUCCGCAAUCUUUGUCCGUCUAGAAUUAAAUGAACAGACUGAACCCUCUUGUCAUUCAUCCGCAAUCGUCGUCCUUACGGAAAUGAAUGAACAGAAAGAAACCGCUCAUCAGUCAUUGUUUUUUCCGGAAUUAAAUCGGCAAUGUGAACCCUCUUGUCAGUCAUCCACAAUCUUUGUCCCUCCGGAAUUAAAUGAAGAGUGAACCCGCUUGUCAGUUGUUUGCAAUCUUUGUCCCGCCAAAAUUAAAUGAACAGAGGGAAACUGCUCAUCAGACAUUUUUUCCGGAAUUAAAUUGACAAAGUGAACCCGCUUGUCAACCGUACGUAAUCUUUGUCCCUCCGGAAUUACAGGAACAGAGUGAACCCUCCUGUCAGUCAUCCGCGAUCUUUGUUCCUCUAGAAUUAAAUGAACAGAGUGAACCCUCUUGUCAGUCGUCUGCAAUCUUUGACCUCCCCCCAGAAUUAAAUGAGUCAAAUCAAUUACUCAAACAAUAGUAAAAGAAAUCGAUAACGAGCGCGUUUGUUAAAUACCAGAAUUAAAUGAACAAAGUAAACCCUCUUGUCAGUCAUCUGCAAUCUUUGCCUAUCAUUCACAAUCCUUAUGUAAGACAAGAACACUUUUUUUCUUAAUGCAUUCUGACUUGUAAAUAAAUGCUAGCAAGCGUCAGCUAACAAAGGAAGUAAUGGGAGUCGCUCUAACAUGCUUUGGGACAAAUGAUGAUACAGAGACUUAUAUUUUUGAGCCUGAACAUAAGGAGGGUGAGCUACAGGUUUUAGAAGCUGUGUGCGAAACACAUCCAGCUUUAGUGAAACUUUAAGCAUCAUGUAGCAGUUUUUCUAAGUGCUAAACCCUUAAUACCAACUACGAACAUAUUAAAACAAUCACGUACUGUACAAUGUCUGCUCUCACUGGAAUACUGACUGCUGGGGUGUUUAUAUCUUCCCGUCUAGAUAAAGAAUUCAUCGUAAUCGAAGGUUUAAAAAAGAAAAUUUGGAUGUCAAAGUUGACUAACUUCUCGGUUUAUGUCCACGUCCUUCCUGUCCAGGUGAGAAGCAUGAUUUUUAAUCCAGAAUUAACUUUCACCAACUCAGAGGCGAUGCGGCAGCUCACCAUUUCGCUAUAUCAAUAUAGCAGCAAAAGCUUGUUAGUCCUCUCUCUCUCUCGGCGCCACUAAAUAGUUGAUCUGCGUCAGCACUUAUAAUAACAAUACCGUCGAUCCUGACGACAAAUAUAGUGAGUUUCUUACAAGUAUCAUUAUCACUGGAGGACGAGGAGGAGCUAAACGUGCUUCAGUACACACCGUAGCUCACGCCGUCACAAUGUACAAGAGCGUUUCUAGUCGAUACUGCUAUGAUUACGUCUAUUUUUCCAGUAUCACAAAAUCCUUUAUCAUAUUAUGUUUAGAAAGUCAGUAAAUGCGUCCCUGGACACUCUGAAUAUGACCAAUGUAGGAUACUGUAACUACUUGGUAUCGGAUCGAUACCUAAAUGUGUGGUAUCAUCCAGAACUAAUGUCAAGUAUCCAAAAACUUAAAGUAGCAAUGAUUGUCACACACACACACGAGAAGUGGUGAAAUUACUCUCUGCAUCACCCCUUGGGAGGUGAGGGGAGCAGUGGGCGGCAGCGGUGGCCACGCCCGGGAAUCAUUAUGUUAUUAUAAUAGACAUGAAGAAAGAAAAGUAGCUUCCAUAUGAGGAGGUGUGAACAAGUGAUGACAUAAGUCAUGGUCCCAAUAACAUUGCAUCUAAUAGAGAAUGUUUCUCAUCUAAAUGAGGGUGGUACCCUCUGGUCAACAUAUGAAAUAACAAGUGUGUGUAAGAAAUUGAAAUGUGCCCCCUGUGGCCAAAAUUAAGAAAAAUAAAAUAAAUAUGUAGAUAGAGACAAACUGUAAUAACUUGAAGUAAAUAAUGAGGAUUAAAAAACAAUUACAAAUGAUACAGAUUUUUGAAAAAAAUUACUAAAAUGUGUCGACUUUUUUCUGAUAAAACUGGGAACAAUUCUCAUAUUCUUUCUGUUUCUGUAAUAUUGCCAUAUUUUCUCGUAAAAUUAUUACUUUUUUAUGCAAAAUGGCGACAUUUGUCGUAUAAAAUUCGGACUUAUCACAAUAUUGCCCAAUUUUUUUGUUGUUAUUAUAUGUUGGCCCUGCGAUGAGGUGGCGACUUGUCCAGGGUGUACCCCGCCUUCCGCCCGAUUGUAGCUGAGAUAGGCGCCAGCGCCCCCCGCGACCCCGAACGGGAAUAAGCGGCAGAAAAUGGAUGGAUGGAUGGAUAAAAUAGUGACAUCUUUUUAAUUAAAAUUCUGACUUUUGUCAAGUGGAAUUUUGAUUAUUAUAAUAUUGCCAGCCCUGCGAUGAGGUGGAGACUUGUCCAGGGUGUACACCGCCUUCCGCCUGAUUGUAGCUGAGAUAGGCGCCAGCGCCCCCCGCGACCCCAAAGCGGUAGAAAUGGAUGGAUGGAUUAUAAGUGAAGAAUAAGUGAUUAUUACAUUUUAGAGCAGGGGUCAGCAACCUUUUUGAAAACAAGAGCUACUUCUUGGGUACUGAUUAAUGCCAAGGGCUACCAGUUUGAUACACACUUAAAUACAUUGCCAGAAAUAGCCAAUUUGCUCAAUUUAUAUUUAAUAAAUACAUCUGUAUGUAUAAAAAAAAAAAGGGAAUUUCUGUCCGUCAUUCCGUCAUACAUUUUUUUCCUUUUACGGAAGGUUUUUGUAGAGAAUAAAUGAUGAAAAAAACACUUAAUUGAAAGGUUUAAAAGAGGAGAAAACAGGAAAAAAAUGAAAAUUUAAAUUUUGAAACAUAGUUCAUCUUCAAUUUCGAGUCUUUAAAAUUCUAAAUUCACCGGACAAAAAGAGAAAAAUUAGCUAAUUCGAAUCUUUUUGAAAAAUUUAAAAAAGAAUUUAUGGAACAUCAUUAGUCAUUUUUCCUGAGUAAGAUGAAUUUUAAAAUUUUGACAUGUUUUAAAUAGGUUAAAAUCCAAUCUGCACUUUGUUAGAAUAUAUAACAAAUUGGACCAAGCUAUAUUUCUAACAAAGACAAAUUAUUUAUUUGAGAUUUUCCAGAACAAAAAUUUUAAAAUAAAUUCAAAAUACUUUGAAAUAAGAUUUAAAUUUGAUUCUAAAGGUUUUCUAAAUUUGCCAGAACGUUUUUUGAAUUUUAAUCAUAAUAAGUUUGAAAAAAUAUUUCACAAAUAUUCGUCGAAAAAACAGAAACUAAAAUGAAGAAUCCAAUUAAAAUGUAUUUAUUAUUCUUUAGUGAAGUGAAGUGAAAUAUAUUUAUAUAGCGCUUUUUCUCUAGUGACUCAAAGCGCUUUACAUAGUGAAACCCAAUAUCUAAGUUACAUUUAAACCAGUGUGGGUGGCACUGGGAGCAGGUGGGUAAAGUGUCUUGCCCAAGGACACAACGGCAGUGACUAGGAUGGCGGAAGCGGGAAUCGAACCUGCAACCCUCAAGUUGCUGGCACGGCCACUCUACCAACCGAGCUAUACCGCCCUUUACAAUUAAAAAAAAAAUACUUGAACAUUGAUUUAAAUUGUCAGGAAAGAAGAGGAAGGAAUUUAAAAGGUAAAAAGGUAUAUGUGUUUAAAAAUCCUAAAAUCAUUUUUAAGGUUGUAUUUUUUCUCUAAAAUUGUCUUUCUGAAAGUUAUAAGAAGCAAAGUAAAAUAACAAAUUAUUUUUUCAAACUAGUGAACCUGCGAUGAGGUGGCGACUUGUCCAGGGUGUACCCUGCCUUCCGCCCGAUUGUAGCUGAGAUAGGCGCCAGCGACCCCAAAAGGGAAUAAGCGGUAGAAAAUGGAUGGAUAAACAAGUGAAGACCAAGUCUUUAAAAUAUUUUUCUUGGAUUUUCAAAUCCUAUUUGAGUUUUGUCUCUCUUAGAAUUAAAAAUGUCCAGCAAAAUGAGACCAGCUUGCUAGUAAAUAAAAAGCAUUCAAAAAAUAGAGGCAGCUCACUGGUAAGUGCUGCUAUUUGAGCUAUUUUUAGAACAGGCCAGCGGGCGACUCAUCUGGUCCUUACGGGCCCUGUUUUAUGUUUUUUUUGGGACAGUUUUAUGGGUACAAUAGUGUACUCAUUAUCUGCUUUUUUAGCCACCUCCGACUUGCUGUAUGUUACGACUUAGAAUGCAUAAAGAAAAACAUACGUGCAGAGGAUUGUGAACAAUAAGCAACAUUCCACUAAAAGUCCCCCCUUAAAGUUAUUAAAAGGACGACUUGUGGUGUUCUGAUGACAUCAUUGCUGACUACACAUGGUGUUAUCAGCCCAGGCCUAGCGCCAUCUUUUAAUUCCUCACAACACCUCGGACGUGCGUCUUUUUUUUUUCCCCCUCGAAAAAAAAGGCCUUGCAGUUUUCUUUUGAUAUCUUUUUUUUGGUAAAAAGUGGCGGAGUGCCUGCAGGUCUGGUCGCCCGCCACCUCGCCGCCGCCUCCACGGGCCACGCCUUCCACACAACCAGCAGUUUACGCCUCACGCCGUGAGUAACAUGAUGGUCGCAAACACACACACACACACCUCCACUAUCGGUUUAUUGUUUAUUUCCAAGCUGCUGAAAAAAAAAUAUAUAUAUAUAUGUGUGUGUAUAUGAUACAAAUAUCUAUUUUUCAUAUGUUGAAAAGAUGUGUUCUAGUGUGGGGAAAAUAACCAGGUCUAUUUUGUAUUAGUUGUUUUUUUAAUUUAAUAUUACUGUAGUGUGACUGUGGCUAGAACCCCUUUGUCCCGUCCCCAGUAACGAUUCCUGAUUGGUUGCGAAGGGAGGGGGGGGGGGGGGGCUGGCCCAGGGCUGUUGCCGUGGAAACCGGCCCCAAGCAACCACUAGCAGUGGCGCGGCCGCCUGGGGGGAGGAGGGAACCUUAAACCGUGAGCACAGGUGCUCCGUGGCGGACGUGUCUAGCAUGUUUGGCUGCAUUAUAUUCCUUUUGGCACUGUAUUUGGAAUGAACGUUAACUUAUUAAAAAACCUACCAAAAACUUGUUUUUCUUCCCCCGUCAUUUAAAAAAAAUUACAUAAAAUUAAAGCUGCAAGCAGCGAUGCACGGGACCGACUUUUGCUGGUGUUUCCUGCCUUUACCCAAUCAACAUAUCUUUACCUGCACAUUACCUAACUUCCCUACAUCCUGGGGUCACAGUGGUGCUUCUUGCCAUCACCCAGACAACAUAUCUUUACCUGCACAUUACCUACCUUCUCUGCAUUGUGUGCUUCCUGCUUUUAAGCGGCCAUCUUGAGACGGCAGCAGUUCUUUGAAGGCUCGUAAAAUCAAAACCGGAGCAGUUAGAAAAACUUUUUGCGCAACGUUUAAUCAGAAGGGUUCAAUCUCUUUCCUGUGCGAGUUUGAAGCCGAGCCAACAAACGCGCUCAGAGGAGAUAAUGUUUGAAAAAAGGUGACGGGUUUUUACAAAACUUUUGUUUUGAAGGGGUAAUUGCCAACUUCCUGUUGAUUUUCGCUGAAGGAUGUCAAUGAAUGAAAUGUAGGUCUAAGUGAGACCUACACAGAGGUUUUUGUUUCAUGUCUCUACAACAUUCCUACCGGAAGUUGCAAGCAGUUUUGUCUGUGUUUUCUUCCCAAGAGCGGUUUUGUCUGUGUUUUAUUCCAAUUUUGAAUUUUUUUUUAAAUUUUAUUUAUUUUUUUAAAUUAGAUCACAAUUUUCACCAGUCCUGAUGUGUGUUUCGAGUUUGGUGAGUUUUGAAGCAUUUUAAGGGGGUCAAAUUACAGCUCAAAGAGGAAAAAAUUAUCUUUUUUAGGAAACUUUUGUUUUGAAGGGGUUUUUGCCAACUUCCUGUUGAUUUUUGCUGAAGGUCAUUGUAUAAAAUGUAGGUCUAAGUGAGACCUACAUAGAGGUUUUUGUUUCAUGUCCCUACAACAUUCUUAACAGAAGUUAAAAGCAGUUUUGUCUGUGUUUCUUCCUAGAGGGCGCUAGAGCGCAGUUUGGGGUUUUGUUUUUUUGAUUAGAUCGCAAUUUGUGUGUUAAAUUUGAUGAGUUUUGAAGCAUGUUAAGGGGGUCAAAUUACAGCUCAAAGAGGCGGCAGAAUAAUAAUAAAACCUUAGAAAUACAA